AUGGCCGGAUGGAAAUAUAGCAGACUAGGAAACACCGAGAUUCUUGGCGGUUUAACAACGUCUCGAACCAUUCAACUCGGCCGUGUCACACCUCAGGUUCCUGGUAAUCGUACUGUCUAUUGUAACGAUCGUGAAGCCAACGCUCUUGCCAAGUUUAAGGGAAAUUCCAUAUCAACCACAAAGUACAACUUAUUGACAUUUCUUCCGAAAGGGCUAUAUGAACAGUUUAGGAGGCUGGCUAACUGCUACUUUCUUAUGAUUUCCAUGUUAUCCUUCACACCUGUCAGCCCUGUGAGUCCGUAUACAAAUGUUGCUCCAUUAUCUAUUGUACUCAUAGUCUCUCUUAUUAAGGAGGCUUUCGAGGACUGGAAACGUCUUCAAAAUGACAAGUCAAUAAAUAAUUCUGCUAUAGAUAUGUUACAAGGACAAAAUUGGGAAUCUGUGCCUUGGAAGAAACUACAAGUUGGAGAUAUUGUGAGAGUUAAGCAGGAUGAAUUUUUUCCAGCUGAUUUGUUAUUCCUUGCCAGUACCAACCCAGAUGGUGUUUGCUACAUUGAGACUGCGAAUUUGGAUGGUGAAACAAAUUUAAAGAUUAGAAAAGCGCUAGAGAAAACAUGGGAUUUUUUGACUCCUGAUAUAGCCUCUGAAUUUGAUGGCGAAGUACAAUGUGAGCAACCAAACAACUCGUUAUACACUUUCUCAGGCAAUUUGAUAAUACAAAAGCAAACAUUACCACUUAGUCCCAAUCAGAUUCUACUGCGGGGAUGCAGUCUGAAGAACACAGAGUACAUAGUUGCAUCUGUUAUCUUUACCGGGCCAGAAACAAAGGUGAUGAUGAAUUCCAUGAAUGUUCCUUCUAAAAGAAGUACACUGGAAAAGAAACUCGACAAAGUGAUUAUCGCUCUCUUUUGCCUUCUCUUUUGCAUGUGUCUUAUUGGGGCCAUAGGCAGUGCUGUGUUUGUGGAUGACGAUUAUUUCUAUCUGAAUCUUAAGACUAAAAGACAAGGUGAACUCGACCAGUUCAACCCAAACAACAGGCUUAAGGUUGCUGCCCUGGGUAUGUUUACUUUGAUUACUCUGUAUUCGCCAAUCAUCCCUAUUUCCCUUUAUGUUACUGUCGAGACCAUCAAGUUUAUCCAGUCUUCCAACUUUAUUAACAAUGACUUGCAUAUGUACCAUUCUGCAACGAAUACCCCAGCCUUAGCACGUACGUCAAAUCUUAAUGAAGAACUUGGACAGAUAGAAUACAUAUUCUCAGAUAAAACGGGAACAUUAACAAGAAACUUGAUGGAGUUCUUUAAAUGUUCUAUUGGAGGGGAGAUGUAUGGAGCUGGUGUCACUGAAAUUGAGAUGGGAGGGGCUCGCCGGAAUGGCAUAAUUCUUGAAGAGGGGGAGAAAUCGUCAAAUACGAUAUUUGACAAGGGUUUCAACUUUGACGAUGCGAGGCUUAUGCGAGGUGCUUGGAGGAAUGAACCAAAUUCUGAUGCUUGCAAGGAAUUUUUCAGAUGCCUCGCAAUAUGUCAUACUGUACUUCCUGAAGGUGAAGAGACUCCUGAAAGAAUUCGUUAUCAAGCUGCUUCUCCUGAUGAGGCUGCUUUGGUGUCUGCAGCAAAGAACUUCGGCUUCUUUUUCUACAGGCGUACACCUACUAAGAUCUUUGUUCGUGAAUCGCAUGUUGAAAAGAUGGGACAGAUUGAAGAUGUUUCAUAUGAGAUCCUAAAUGUCCUCGAGUUUAACAGUACAAGGAAGCGCCAAUCAGUUAUAUGUCGUUAUCCAGAUGGAAGGCUUGUAUUAUACUGCAAGGGUGCUGAUACAGUAAUCUACGAGCGGUUGGCUGAUGGGGGUGAUGAUUUGAAAAAAAGAACCCGAGACCACAUGGAACAAUAUGGAGCUGCUGGAUUGCGAACCCUUUGCCUGGCCUACAGAGAUUUAAAUCAAGAGAUGUAUGACAGUUGGAAUGAGAAGUUUAUUCAAGCAAAAUCUUCUUUAAAGGACCGUGAGAAAAAAUUGGAUGAGGUGGGGGAACUGAUAGAAAAGAAUUUGAUACUAAUGGGAUGCUCUGCCAUAGAAGACAAGCUUCAAGAAGGGGUACCGACAUGCAUCGAAACUCUCUCUAGGGCUGGAAUCAAGAUUUGGGUGUUAACAGGAGACAAGAUGGAAACAGCGAUAAAUAUAGCUUAUGCAUGUAAUCUAAUUAAUAAUGACAUGAGGCAGUUUGUUAUCAGUUCAGAAACUGAUGAAAUUAGAGAAACCGAGAGCAAAGGUGACCAAGUGGAGAUAGCACGUUGCAUUAGAGACACAGUGAAAAAUGAAUUACACAAAUUUCAUGAUGAGGCCAAACAGUACCUUCAGGCAGCAACUGGCCCAAAGUUAUCUCUUCUAAUUGAUGGAAAAUGUCUUAUGUAUGCCUUGGACCCAAGUUUACGAUCAAUGCUCUUAAAUUUGAGCAUGAACUGUAGCGCAGUUGUUUGUUGUCGUGUCUCUCCUCUACAAAAAGCACAGGUGACAAGACUGGUCAGGAAAGGUGCACAGAGAAUCACACUUAGUAUUGGUGAUGGUGCAAAUGACGUAGGGAUGAUUCAAGCUGCUCAUGUUGGCGUUGGAAUCAGUGGGAUGGAAGGAAUGCAAGCUGUGAUGGCCAGUGAUUUUGCAAUUGCCCAGUUUCGCUUUCUUACAGAUUUACUUCUUGUUCAUGGACGGUGGUCAUAUCUUAGAGUAUGCAAGGUUGUGUCCUACUUUUUUUAUAAAAAUCUCACAUUUACGCUGACUCAAUUUUAUUACACCUUUCAAACUGGAUUUUCUGGACAAAGAUUUUAUGAUGACUGGUUUCAGACUCUAUAUAAUGUUAUUUUCACAUCCCUUCCUGUAAUCUUCGUUGGACUUUUGGACAAGGAUGUUAGUGCAUUCCUUUCCAAAAAGUAUCCAGAAUUAUACAAAGAGGGGAUAAAAAAUACUUUCUUCAGAUUCAGGGUUCUGGGUAUUGUUGCUUUCUUCUCAGUUUAUCAGUCAGUAAUCGUGUACAGAUUUGUAAUCUCGUCCAGUACUGAAAGUGUGACUUCAUCCGGGAAGAUGUUUGGGCAGUGGGAUGUCAGUACUAUGGCCUUCACUUGUGUUGUGAUUACUGUGAAUUUGCGUCUUCUGAUGACGUGCAACAGAAUUACCAAGUGGCAUCAACUAAGCGUUGGGGGAAGCCUCUUAGCGCUGUUUUUGUUUAUUUUUGUGUAUUCAUUCUUUUUUACUUACAAGGGUAUAUUUUACACCAUCUUCCUGUUGAUGAGUACAUUCUAUUUUUAUCUCACACUUUUUCUUGUUCCCAUUGCUGCACUGCUUGGCGAAUUCUUAUACCAGGGGGUUCAGAGAUGGUUUUUCCCCUAUGAUUAUCAGAUCGUUCAGGAAAUCCACAGACAUGAGCCUGACAAUGCUGGCUCCGCAUUACUGGAGGUAGGCACUAAGCUGACACCAGAAGAAGCAAGGAGCUUUGCGUUUGCUCAACUACCAGGGCAGAGCUCCAGGCACACUGGAUUUGCAUUCGACUCUCCAAAUUACGAGUCAUUUUUUGCUUCACAGCACGGUGUUAGUGCCCCUCAUAAGGCUUGGGAUGUUAUCCGAAGAGCAAGUAUGAAGCAUCGUAAGGCGCCUAAACAUCGUUGA